CCGUCAUCUAACUGGCUUUGACGUCCCUGUCAUCACUUUCGCUUUCCGUGAAGCAAUCAUUCAUCGCUGCGACUGAUACUUCUGUCUUUGCUCGCAUUAUCCAGCGAUAUAUCCAUUUUGCCCCGGCGCAACUCCUGCAACCAUGGCUGCUGAUCGCCAGACCAUCAUCGAGGUGAACCGGUCGCUUCGGAACAUCAAGAAUGAACUCGAGAAUCUUCUCGAAAAAGGUGUGAUCGACGACUCGGUCUAUGAGACCAUCAACACCGCUCUCCCUCCCGAGUCCUCGCUCUCUGGCCCUCUCCGCACCGCAACUGGCGCCUCCAACAACAACACUGCCAAGGCCGCAACUCCCACCCCCUCCCACGAGCCCCCGACCAAGGCCUUUGAGGCCCUCAAGGUCGACAAGGCCCCCUCUCCCGCGCCACCCGCAUACGAGCAGACGCCUCCUCCCGGCGUCCCCGCGCGCAACGUCAAGCCCACCGUCGCUCAGGCCCGCGCCCUGUACCGCUACGCUGGCUCUGAUGGCCGCGAUCUCUCGUUCGAGAAGGAUGAUCAGAUCGCCGUUUACGAAUAUAUGAACCAGGACUGGUGGAUGGGCCGCAACGACCGCACCGGCCAGGAGGGUAUCUUCCCUCGCAACUAUGUCCUUGUCGAGCAAGAGACCAAGAAGGCCGCCACACCCCAGCAGCCUCAGUACGGAUACCCUGCGCCAUCUCACGGCCCUCCCGCUCAGCAGAACCCCUACAACUCGCAUGUGCCACCCAUGGCUGUCGCCGAGGGUUCAGGCCAGCAGCAGGGACAGGAGGGAGAGAACAAAAUGGGACAGUACGGCAAGAAGUUUGGUAAGAAGCUGGGUAACGCCGCCAUCUUUGGUGCUGGUGCGACUAUCGGAGGAAACAUUGUGAACAGCAUCUUCUAAGCCUCGACGGCAAUAAAGAGUAGGGGCAUUGAAAGAUAUUGCUUUGUGGGUCAGGCGCUGGUAUUACUUGGCGUACGGGUUCUAGGGAUAUUAUAGACGCGCGUCAAAGAGGAGGAUGUUUGGUUUCUUGUUGUACCAAGCAGGGGGAAUUAAUGACCUUGAAGAGGUUUUAAGUAGAACAAAAUCUGAACAACUAUCUACUAUGUAA